AUGAACGUGAUCAAGAAGCCCUUGCGAACGAAAGAGAUUUCAAACUUCCCUGAAUCGACAAAUGAGUUUGAGGAUGUAGAUAUCCUUCUCGCUGUAGGCAAAAACCUAGGUAAGAUCUGGACGAGCGGGACGUGGUGCAUGUGCAGCGUGCGGGACCAGUGCACGCAGAGGGUAAGGCAACGCCACGCCCGCGUGUACUUGUCGCCCGCUUAUCAAGACGCGCCCAGAGGGAUUCUCUGCUGCGGGCAGCACGCCUUCGCCGUGGUCUCACUACGGAGGGAAUUACUUCGUAUUCAGGAGUCGUUCGUUCCCUUUAUAUCAUUGAGCGCCUUACUAAAU